AUGGUGAGCUUUCUACCGUAUCGAUACUGCGGUGGCGAGGACAAGACCUGCGUGAUUUGCCAGGAGGCCUACGAGAUGGGGGAGGAGGUUCGAAAGCUGCCGUGCUCGCACACUUAUCACAGGGCCUGCAUCGACCGCUGGCUGACCACAGGCGGCCCGAUCUCCCUGCAGUGCCCGAUUUGCAAGGCGCCCGCCGUUGAGCGAUAG